CAGCAUCUUUGAGGAUGAAAGCAUGAAACUGCGACAGCUGAAACUAGAGAAUCAGAGAGCUCUUCUAGAGAAGAAGCAGAGGAAGAAACGUCUUGAUCCCUUAAUGGUCCAGCCAAAUCCUGAGGCAAAGCUGCGCAGGUCGAAGCCCAAAGGGUGUGAAGAGCAGACUCCUUUGGUAGAAACUCCUGCCCCUUUCCAGAGUGAGGUGGUUUUACACGGAAUUGAUGGACCAGCUGCUUUCCUGAAAUCAGAAGUGCAAGAUUUGGGGACCAAGCUCCAAACUCUCUCUGCUGGAUCUUCCAAAACAGAAGACUAUGCAGAUCAGGAGAAUGAUGGAGAGGCUCUAACAGACACAGCAGCCAAGCCAGAUCUUCAAGAAAUCUUAGAGAAACGAGGAAUUUCAGGCAGUUUGAAUUUUGAUGAGGAAGACACAGAAGAGGAAGAAACUGGUAAGAGACCAGCAUCUUGUUCACUGAAUCCUGAACCUGAGAGGCCUAGUUCUGCCACCAGUGAGAGAUCUUGUGCAGAGCCAGGUGCUUCCUGCAGCCCAGUCCCUCAGGCAGACGCCCAGCUGGGAGCAGUGGAGAACCUGGAGGACUUUGCGUUGCGGCCGGCGCCCCGCGGCGUCACCGUCAGGUGUCGGGUCACUAGGGACAAGAAGGGGAUGGAGCGGGGCCUCUUCCCCACCUACUACAUGCACCUGGAAAGGGAUGACAGCAGAAAGACAUUCCUUCUUGCAGGGAGAAAACGAAAAAAGAGCAAAACAUCCAAUUACCUCAUAUCAGUUGACCCAACUGAUUUAUCCCGUGAAGGGGAAAGCUUCAUUGGAAAACUCAGGUCAAACCUCAUGGGAACUAAAUUUACAGUGUAUGACCAUGGAGUCAGCCCAGUCAAGGCACAAGGUCUAGUAGAAAAGGCUCAUACAAGACAAGAGCUUGCAGCUAUUUCUUAUGAAACCAACGUGUUAGGGUUCAAGGGUCCCAGGAGGAUGUCUGUGAUCAUUCCAGGGAUGAAUAUGAACCACAAGCGAAUUCCAGUCCGUCCACGGAACGAACAUGAGAGUCUGCUGUCAAAAUGGCAAAACAAAAACUUGGAGAACCUCAUUGAGUUGCAUAACAAGGCUCCAGUCUGGAACGAUGAUACCCAGUCCUACGUUUUGAACUUCCAUGGGAGGGUCACUCAGGCUUCAGUGAAGAACUUCCAGAUUGUCCAUGACAAUGACCCUGACUACAUUGUGAUGCAGUUCGGUCGGGUAGCAGAAGAUGUGUUCACUCUGGACUAUAAUUAUCCUCUCUGUGCUCUUCAGGCCUUUGCUAUUGGACUCUCCAGCUUUGAUAGUAAAUUGGCCUGUGAAUGA